CAAGAGCCGGCAGCGAACGCCACGGAGCUCUAUAACGGGAUCAAGUACGUUCGCCCGGGCAACAUGUUCGAGCCAAAUUUCACUCUGUUCAAGAAGAUCGAAGUGAACGGCGAGAAUGAACACCCGCUGUACACUUACCUCAAGGAGUACUGCCCGACCACCAGGGAGUCCUUUUCGGAUAAGUCGAAGCUGUACUACGAACCCGUCCGCAUCAGUGACGUCCGCUGGAACUGGGAGAAGUUCCUGAUCACCAAGAGCGGCAAGCCGUUCAUGCGGUACGACCCUGGCACCAAGCCGGAAGAGAUCAAGAACGACGUGUUGUUCCUCCUGAGCCAGGAAUUUUAACUUUUUUUUUUUUUUUUUUUUUUUUUUUUUUUUUUUUUUUUUUUUUUUCUCCGAAGGCUUCAGAUCUUAUUGUUAAUUUUGAUGUAAGUGUGUGAACUUUUUUGAUAACUUGACAGUCAUGUUGCUACUGCUGCUUCGUGUGUCUCUUGUGCCUUCCUCGUGACCGCUGGGAGUCCGCGCCUUCGCCCAUGCAUGGUGCCAUGAAGGUGCCGCCCUAAACCCCCCGGGUGGGCGGCGCUGGAAGGCGGGGGGAGCUCGGGUCGGGUCUUCUAGCACAUUCAUCCUGACCCCUGUGACCUCUGCCGGCCAUGCGGGGGCAAAGGCAGCUUUUCUGGUGUUCGUGGGGAAGGAAGAAGAAGCAUGACGCAGAAAUAAAACUUUUUUUUUUUUUUA